CAAUGAGUCACGGUGACACGGAAACUGAGCAGAACAAACAUGGUGGAACUGGGAUGGUUGUGGCUGUCGGCAAUGGAAUCUUCAGUGCUACUGAGACAUUCACAAAGAUUGAUUGUAAACCCCGAUGUUUCGUCACAGCAUGCUUUGACCAACAUCUUCGCUAUGCUUCCGGUCAAGGCCGAGAAAGCCGCUGAGCCACCGCCGGUGCAGCUUCACGAGGCUCGCCGCUUUCGCGUGGACACGGAACGGGAAGCCUUCCUGCAGCACUUGGAAGAAGAGGGAUAUGCCGUGGUGGCGGAUGUGCUGAGUGAGCAGGACAUCGGCCACGCACGCUCAUUGCUGUGGGAUUUCUUGGAGGCGUUGCCGCAGACUCGGGUCCGGAGGGAUGACGUGAAGAGCUGGGGAUGCAAGCGCGACUGGCUUCCAGAUGAGCGCAACGGGAUCCUGAACGGCUUUGGCUUUGGGCAGAGCGACUUCAUGUGGUUCUUGCGGUUGCGGCCCAAAGUGAAGGACGCGUUUGCAGCGGUUUGGAGCACCAACGACUUGUUGGUCUCCUUCGAUGGGGGCAACGUCUUUCGGCCAUGGCGCUUUGACCCAGCCUGGCGCACACUGGGAGGCUGGUACCACUGCGACCAGAACACGCGCUUGGGCGCUGCGAGUCGUGGUCGCUGCUGCGUGCAGGGCUUGGUGACCUUGUCAGAGGCCUCCAGGAACAGCGGCGGAUUGGUGGUGGUGCCCCAGAGUCACCGAGAUCAUGCAGAGGUCUGUGAGAGGAGUGCCCUUGCUAGAGGUGGUGAUUUUGUACCCAUCUCUGUGAAUGAUCCAAUCUUGGAGAAGGGUCCUGUCCUGGUAGCGGCCAAAGCAGGUGACUUGAUACUUUGGGAUUCCCGCACUGUCCACUGCAAUACUCCUGGUUGGGCACCCGAGGCUGAAGGCAUGCCGUUCACGCAGUGUGCCCAAAUGGAGGAGUGGCAGUUGCUCCGUGAAGUUGGAUAUGUGUGCAUGACUCCUGCGGCGUGGGCAUCGGACGAAACGCUGGAGCAGCUGAGGAAAGCCUUCGAAGAGGGGAUUAGCACCAGUCAUUGGCCUCACAAGUUUGCCAUCGCAGGCUACCCUUUGCCAGGGAUGCCCCCGAACGAUCCUCAGAGCAUUUCGCAGGAACAACGAAGGCUGAUCGGCUACGACCGCCCCAGGACUUGGCCCUGUCGUGUACAGUAGUCCUCGAGGACUAUUUGCUGUCGUGAGCAGGGGACCCUGCUGUACAGUCCCUGCGCGUUUCGCAAAAGGGGUUCCUGGGACGAUGGAGCACAUGGACUGUGUCGGUGACACAGGCGGUCGGAAGUCCGAG